CAUGCAGUAAACUGGGUCUGAGUUACUUAUAACGGCCACAAAGUUUUGAGUACAGCCGAAGAACUCGUACAAUAUCGCAGAGAGAUCUAAAUUAUACCUGAAAUAUGGCAGAAAGUCCCGCAUUUUCCGAAAACGAAGCUGAAAGAACAGACGGUGAGGAAUCGGGGAAUGAACUUCCCGUUUUUGAAAUCAACACAUCCGAAACGACGGACGACCAACGACUCCAGCCGACUGUCUUGUUCCCUCAACGGAGAACAUCUUUGGAGAAAAUUACCAAAACAAGACGAGCUUACAGCGAGAUGAUCGAGACAGCUUUAUUUCAACUCAACGAAACGCGAACUGGCUCGUCUAAGCAAGCCAUCGUGAAAUACAUUCGAGCGAAUUUCGAAGUCAGCGAUCAAGCGAAUCGAUACGUCAGCUUGGCCAUUGUGAAACUCAUUGAAAAGGAAAGAGUCGUUCGAAAAUCUGGCGUGGGAAUGUCGGGCAGGUUUUCUUUAGCGAGAGAAAUAAGAGAGGCGAGGAAGAAGGGCGCUACUGUUAAAACUAAAGCAAAGACGACUACAAAAGCCGCUGCAAAAGGAAAAAAAACAAACAAGAAAGGCAAGACGAAGGACGAGGGGACGAAAGCCAAGGGUGUCAAAAGUAAAAAGGCGAAAGCUGACAAAGAAAGCGAGAUGGAUAGCGACAAGGAAAAUAAACCAAAGGCUAAAAAGACUACAAACAAAAAUGGCGCCACGAAAGCAUCCGGUGGACGAGCGAAAAAAGGCAAAGAUGAAGAGAAAGCGAGUAAAGCUACAACUGACAAGAAACAGAAGACGAACGAGAAGACUGGGAAAGCGAAAGACAAGGCCGGCAAAGAAAAGACGAGCAAAGAAUCAAAGGUGAAAAGCAGUAAAACGAAGCCAAAAGAGAAGGAAGCCAAGGAAACUCAAAGCAAAACAAAGGGAAGUGCAAAGGAGAAAGGAAAAGAGAAAGAGAAGAGUACUGGUGGACAAGACAAGAAAGCUGGUGAGGCAAAAAAUGCAAAAAAGAAAGAAGAUAAACCCACAAAGCAGAAAGGGAAAAACUAGGGAUUCCUUUGUUCAGACAUUAAUACACUUUGUUCAGAGAUACUAGAAUCGGAUGAUUUGUUUUGAAUAAUUUCGUAGCCGUAUUAAAGUACAUUCAUGCAGGGUAUAUGCUGAGCUAAACCUAUUAAUUUCUGCAGCCUGAAGGUCUUUCUGAUAUAUAGCUUCCUUCUUUCAGUUGUACAUGCAAUUUGACCUUUUUAUUAGUCGAUAUGUUUUUAAAAUUUUUUUUAUCAGCCGUUUGGAAUACUUAAAAAUAAUUAUAGUCCUACGUGUU